AUGGCCCCGGGGAGCGGGGUGAAGAGCGAGUACAUGAAGCGCUACCGGGAGCCGCGCUGGGACGAGUACGGGCCGUGCUACCGCGAGCUGCUGCACUACCGCCUGGGCCGCCGGCUGCUGGAGCAGGCGCACGCGCCCUGGCUCUGGGACGACUGGGGCCCGGCCGGAGCCUCGGACGACUCCGCGUCGUCCGCGUCGUCGUCGGGAGCCGGGGGCCCCGCACCCCAGGGCGCCCCCGCCUCGCCGCCCGCGGAGCCCGCGGCGCGGGAGGGACCGGAACGGCGGGCGCGCGGGCCGGCGGAGGAGCGGGGCGCGGAGGCGGCGGAGGCCGAGGAGGCCCGGGACGCGGAGGGCGCGGACGAGGCGGCAGCGGCGGCUCUGCCAGCCCCACCAGUGAAAGAUCUCAAAGAAAAACCUGAACAAGAGAUCAGAACAAAAGAGACUGAGAAGUUACCUAACAGUACUGAACCUCGACAGCAACCAAGUGCCUUAUUUGCCAGAGGAAAUAGGAAAGCAGUCAAAAGUCCUCAAAGAUCAUCGAGUAAAAUAAAAGAGAACAAGCAUCCGUUUGCCCUUUACGGGUGGGGAGAAAAGCAGACGGAUACAGGAAGCCAGAAAACUCACAAUGUCUGUGCGUCCGCUCCGGUCCAUGAGAUUCAUGAGUCAGCAUUGCGAGCCAAGAACAGAAGACAGGUGGAAAAACGGAAACUGGUCACUCAGAGGCAGCGCGCCCACUCCGUGGAGGUGGAGAAGAACCGGAGGAUAAAGCCUCCGCCCUCGGAGAACCCGUGGGUGACGGAGUACAUGAGAUGCUACUCAGCACGGGCCUGAAGGCAGGAACGGCUGCUGGGACAGCCUCUUCGAAAAAGCGUCAGCGGAAGAAAGAAGCAGCAGAACAAAAGAAAAACCAUCAGAGGAAAACAGACACAGGUUUAAGAAACCAGCGAUGACCCGGCGUUUUCUGUAGGGAAUUUCCCGAAGACUGCUCUGUUUCGCUGGAUCCUGGUCACCUACCUCAGCAGUAGGGCGACAGUUGAAGCCAUAGACAUUUGGGUAUUUCUGAAGCUAAUUCCCUAAAUAUUUGAUAUUCUUAUAAGAGUUUUGUUUUAAAGCAUCUUAAUCUUUUCAGACACCAACACCGAAUGCCUUUAAGUGGCUACAGAUGCUUCACACUCGGUAUUUCCGCCAGCUUAGCUGGAGCCCAUUUCCUUCCUGUUCUCACCCCUUCCCAGACCCCGUAGCCAGUAAGAUCGUUCCAACUUGCAGUUUGAGACCCAUUUUCCUUAUGUGGAGUUUUCUUGUGGAAGAGCAGCUCGUCAAGUGUGUUUCAGCACUAAUACUGACUCCUUGCGCAGUGAAACCAGAACUUACUUGUGUUUUGGUUUUGGCCCCACGUCACGUAGACUGUGAUAUUUAAGAAUUCUCUGGGUUGGGUGAGGGUCCUCUUUUCUCUUUAAAUUGUCAUUGAGGCACUUAUUUCAUAGCUCAGUAGAUCGAAUGCAUUCCAAUGAAUGAAGUGCCAUGCUGUGUCUUUAGGGUAGUACUGAAGUUUCUUUGGAAACUUUUUCUAUUAUUAUUGCAACUUUUUUUUUUUUUUUUUUUGAGCACAUAACGGGGAAUCAGUUCCUCACUGCAUUGUGGUGUUUUGACACAUAACUUACUGUGGACUUUCGCCUCAUCUAUAAUGGCAGUGACAUUUAGAACUUACAAUGUGAAAUUUAUGUAAUUACGUUGAGAUUGUCCUGCUCAUUGGGGACAGGGGGCAGAUAUUAAGAUACCAAUUAGAGAUGUGGCUUACCCCUCCUUUCUGCACUUUCUCUCUACAGACUCAUUCAUAACAAAGCUUUGACGCUGUACGUUACUCAGACUUUUGGCCAAAACGUGUUACUCCUGGAUUCCUAGCCAGUAGGCCUUACAGAGAACAGGCAGAGGGAGAAUAGUAGCGUGUGUCAAGGCACAGAUGUGAGUGUGUAAACGGGGUUCUCCUUCCCUGGUACAUUUACUCUUGGGGUAGAAGAUGGUUUUGAGAAACGCUGGUUUCUACCCAGCAGAUACAGGAAUCUACAGGAAGGAUGAGUGCUAAAUUCUCUAUAAGAGAGAAAAAAGGCCUCUGCCUAGGCCGGGUGCUCAGCUGAAGACAGGUGAAUAAACUUUGCCAUUAGACAUGAGUUUGAAUAUUUUCUUGAUAUUUUUACUCUGUAUCUUUGAAGCAUUAUGGUCAGUUUUUACUUUUGUUUUUAAGUAGGCUUCACACCCAGCAUGGGACUUGAACUCAUGACCCUCUGAGCAGGGGUCGCAUACUCUGCUGAAUGAGCCAGCCAGGCGCCCCUGCUCUCAAGACUUCACACAUAAAGUCUUAACACAGUGUCCUCUUAAAACCCUAUUGAGCUUGGAGAACUCACUUAAUCAUGAGCUUUAAAAAAAAAAUACUUUUUAAACAUCUGCAUUGUUUCGCAGUGAAUUCUUUUACAUAGAGAGCUCUUCUAAUCAUUGAGAUGUAUAUUUAACAGGAGGUUCUGUAUGCUGGUCCAAACGACCUUGUUAAUAAUUCCGGUAAACACUGCUGUAAUUAUAUUAAAGUCCUUAACCACUGCGAGUACCUGAAGGUGAGAUUACUGUGGCGUAGUGAUGGUGUCACUGCCUGUAGAAACUGUUCCUUUCUGACCACUUCUUGCAUGUUUGGUUUUAGCCAUGAAGCUCAAACGUUCCUGUUGCACCCGACAAUCUUAGGGAAGCUACCCUUGAGGGUGGCUCAGGCCCCCCACCGAUGGGCUGCCUUAGAAACCCAACUUCCUCUAGGCUUUGACCAAGCCAGACUCUCUCCUUCAGAGACAGACUCGGAUUUAAUGUGCUUACUACUGAAAACUCCAGAUAGAAAUAAAACCUAGAAGGCAAUAGUGACGAGUUGUCCCCCUUUUUAAGUAGAGGACAAACGAACAACCUUUUUAAAGUACUUUUAAUGUGCAUGAAAAAAAUCAAUCUGAAUUAAUUGUGAGUGCCCUUCCCACACCCAAGCCAUUAGUUGGUUAAAGUGUCUUCUUUUUAGGGGUGAGAAUUACCCUUUGAGCCCAGGAUGUUUUUUUAGGUGGUAACAAUUCAAUGGUCUUACUUUUUCCUUCUCUCUCUAGAAACUAACGUAUUUGUAACCAUGUUCCUAGUUCAUGGGACACAUUGGAAGACAGGAAGAUAGUUUUUUAAAAUUACCUUUCAUGUUGAAAAGUUAAAAACUGUUGGAGAUUCCAGUGACACUUAGAAAGAUAAAAUAAAGUAACUGCUACAUAGACGCUUUUGUAUUUUGGCUUUAAAUUGAAAACUGUUGACCAUAAACAUGUUUGCUAUGUUACUUUUAUUAAAAACAGUAAUAGAAUCCUGAAAAACAGCUAGCAGUCUCCUGGACCAAGGUGGAUGAGAAGUAAAUAGGAACCAGUUCUUUCUUUUUUCUUUCUCUUAAAACCUAGAAGGCUGCUCUUAUGCAGGAGUAUCCGAAGCCUGGGUACUUCUGGUUUUUUAUAUGUAUCUAUAUAUCUCUGUAUAUAUAUGGACCCCUCCACUGCCAUAACAUUUCUAAGCACACAUAUACAUUUUUUAAAGUUUACUAAACAUAUAAUAGGGUGUAGGUUGUCUUAGUUGCUCCUGAUGUAGUGGGCACAUAUUAAUGGCACUUCAUAUAUAUAAUCGCUUUGUCAUUGUUUCAUUCAAUAAAAAUUGCUAAUAACUUGAAAGGUGUGUAUGCAAGGUCACUCCAACUGAAUUGCAGCUACAUUGCAUGAAGGGCGUCUGUGCAUUGUUAGAAGUCACCUUCCAAAACAAAUCUGUGCUAUUGGCGGGGUUUUAAAAAAAAUCUGUUUCCCCUCCUCCUUUUAACUUGAAAUGCUGGACUGAGUGUAAACUUUAAAAAUGGAAUGCUGUAGUAUUUGGUAUUUAAAAUGUUUAAAAGUAUCAUUGGCAAAGAGGGAGAGAGGCAAAGCAUAUGUUAGACGUGAAAACAACUUUUCUUGUCGACUGCUUUAGUAAAAAAAUAGUUUCGUGGAUGGUUUUACCCUGGACUAAAUUAAAAAUGGUGCUAAUGUUUAUUUAUCUGGAUUCUGUAUUUGGUUUGAUAGUAAAAUGCUAAUGCCUGACUCAUAAGGUCCUUACUAUAGUCUGGUGAUAAGUUACUUUAAUAUUUAAAGAGGGAUCCUAAAGAUGUGACCCGAUCAUUUCAAAAUGUUUGCAUUUGAAAUGGAGUUUCAUACAACAGAAUGAAUAGGGAGUUAUUCAGUAUAAGUAUCUGCAUAAUACCAAAUUCUAUGCAAGGAACCAUGUCUAGAUUAUUGGCCCAGAUUUGCUCCCUUCAAGCCUACUAGUGUGAGAUGGAGAUAAGUUACUUCUCUAGUACUUAUUUCCAUUUUGAUGAAAGGACACCUGCAUGAAGACACUGGAAGCCUCUUUUUGGAUUUCUUUUAUAAUUAGCAAAACUGUACUUAAGAACAGUCUCCCCAUGUCGUUAUGUUUAUUUUGAGUACGGACUUCACUUUAACAUUCUGAAGGAGCAAAGGCUGGGCACCUGUAAUCCCAAAGCUCAGGGGAUGAGAAUUUGGGGUUGUAUUUUCUAAGAACUAUGUAUUGCUUUUAGCUUAUAUUUAAUAUUGCAAUUACUUGGAAAAUGUGAAUAAAGUUAAUUCAUCCUGCAGGCUAAAA